UCGUCCACUGAAAUUAACACUCUCUCUUCCCAACGCUUCUCUCUCGCGCUUUUCCUCCAUGCAACUUGCGCUGUCCAGCACACAACACGGAAAACGCUCUUCGCUGUUUCCAAAAAUGGAGGGAGAAGAGAGCAGCAGAGCCAAACCCCAACGCCUUCUCACUCUGUCGGAGCAGUUCCUCCGUCGCCGCAACCUCACCGCCUGCCGGAAGUGCGCUCUCCUCGCUCUCCGCUCUAACCCCGACCUCUCUGAAGCCGACCAGAUUCUAGCCAUCGCCGAAGUGCUCACCGCUUCCGCCGGCGAUCACCCCGACUUGUACGCGAUACUGCAAGUGGAGCCUCCCUGCGACGACACUCGCGUACUACGAAGCCACUUCAAGAGGCUCGCUCUCCUCUUGAACCCCGCCAAGAACAAGUUCGCCUUCGCCCAGGAAGCCUUCGAUCGCGUCACCUAUGCGUGGUCCGUCUUGUCCUAUCCCGCCAAGAAGACUCAAUACGAUGCCGAAGCGGAACAGAAACAGCCGCCUGAGCAAGAAUCUCCUCAGCGAAGCUCCGGAAAAGAGGAAACCGUGCCCUCUGAUGGCGGUUUGGGUGGCGGAACAUUCUGGACGGUGUGUCCGUACUGUUACUAUGUGUACGAGUACGAUCGGUUUUAUGAAGGGUGUUGCUUGAAGUGUCAGGCUUGUAUGAGGGCGUUUCAUGGGGUUGCUAUAGCAGCACCGCCGCCGACGAUUCCUGGGAAGGAUGAGUACUGCUGCUGUUUCGCAUAUUUUCCAAUGGGGUUCACCACGCCGGAAGGCGGUGGCCGAGGGAUGGGGGCUGGUUGGCCUUUCUCGCCGAUGUUUCCAAGUCGUCAAGCGGAGGAGAAGGAGAAGGAUUCUCUAAAUGUUAAUUCUGAGAACGUAGAAACCGGGGAAGGGAAGAAGGGGGCUGAGAACAUGGGAAUGCAUGAGCAUGAAAAAAGGGGUGAAAGGGGAGAAAUGCCCUAUUUUGCGAGGCCUUCUGCGCGGAAUAAGAAGACCGUGGCAAGCAAUACGAAGAAAAUAAUGGGGAAAGGAGUUAAGAAACACGAAACCGGAAGAUUGAAUUUGAAUGCGGACGCAGAGACGGAGUCAGAGACAGAGGAUGGAGUGCCUGGUAUUGCAAGGGGUGGGGGAAUGGAGAGUGAGGAUUUGGCCUGGGUGAAUUGUGAGUUUUCUGAUGGAGAUGAUGACAUCUUUGUCAGUGUUGUGGAGACUUCUUGAAGCAUGGUUGAUGACUGGUUACAGGCUCCUUACUCCUUAGGAUUGGCAUUGGAUAUGUUGAAGGUAGGACUUAUCGUCUUAGGAGAUUCAGAAGGUUCUAUUUCGUACUGUUUUGUGCACAUUGCAGAAUGCAGACUGAGAAAGCACUAUGGUUAUUUUUGGGAAUUGGAGUGGUCUUUGAGAAAUUCAUAUACUGCAAGAAGCUUGGGCUGUGCUUAUACAGGUUCUUAUGCUGUUUUGUGGAACUCAUAAGUCUGACAUGGACUGGAUUGAAUUUAAGCAGAUGAUUGCCAAGAAGAAAAAAAGAAAAGGCAGCACCAGGAAGAAGGCUUCUCAGGGUGAAUCUUCCCAGGUGGAUGAUACCCCCAAGGCCCCAAAUGAGGAUCCUGCACCUCCACCUUUGACUACUGCACUCGAAGGGUCAAGUUUGCAUGACUCGGUUGUCUCUAGUGUUGCCCUCCACCAUGCCAUACUCUCGGAGGAUGCUUAUGAGCUAAAAUGAUGCUUCCUAAAGCCCCCCUCAGCUGCCCAUCAUGCUGCUUAUCGACUUGCAGCGAUUAACCUCACCCUGGAGGAUAAAGUCAGCAAAAUGCACAGGGUGUCCUUGGAAUCUCAGCAACAGGCAGUAGAUUUACAAGUGGAACUGAAUGCUAGCGCCACUCGGGAGAAAGCUCUUGAAGAAUAGAUUGCCCUGAUUCGGAAUGUGGAAAUUCCUGCUGUUGUUGACUUCGCUAUAGUUGGCUAUCAGAAUUACAAAGAAUUUCAGAAGAGUAGAAAUAAAUUCGGAGUUCAGUCAUAUUGUGAGGGCUUUCACAAGUGCCAAGAGCAGUUUAAGAUUAAGUACCCCAAUAUUGAUGUGUUUGGCAUCUAUUCUGCUGGGUUUGGGACUGUAAGCCCUCCCUCAAGAGAUGAAGAUGAGGAAGAGGGAGAAGAAGAUGAGGCAGAGGAUGCGGGCAAUUCUGGGGUAUAAGAUUUUGAUUUAUAGAACUCUUAUUAUGUAACUACAUCAAAUAAGAUUUUAUUCAAAGAACAUACAGAUUAUUGAUAAUAUUUCUUCAAGAUUUUUGAGUUC